CACGAUACGUAUUAGCAUUAGCAUACGAUAAAAUAGCAAGUCAAAGACCAUCUUCUCUCUGGAACUCAAUUUCGUCGGGGCUCCAAUUUCAGUGAUCGCCCGCCAUGGCUAUGCAAGCUGGGAUCGGAUUAUCCAGGAUCUUUCUAAUUGCCGGAGCUGGUUACACGGGAACUAUAUUUUUGAAGAAUGGGAAAUUAUCAGAUGUAUUGGGUGAGCUGCAGAAUUUGGUUAGAGGCAUGGAGAAAUCGGGCGAAUCAGAGGGGGAUUCUGAUUAUUCUGACGCUGUUGCCACCCAGGUCCGUCGAUUAGCCAUGGAGGUUCGCCAGCUGGCCUCAUCUAGGCAGAUUACUGUUCUAAAUGGGAGCUCUACCCAGAGUAACUUAGCAUCUCUAAUUAUCCCAGCCGCUGCUGUUGGAACUGUGGGUUAUGGAUACAUGUGGUGGAAGGGUCUUUCCUUCUCAGAUCUGAUGUACGUAACAAAGAAGAAUAUAGAUUAUGCUGUUUCAAACUUGACAAAACAUUUGGAGCAUGUGUCUGAUGCUCUUGCUGCAGCAAAAAAACACUUGACUCAGAGAAUUGAGAACUUGGAUGCAAAAGCCGAUGAGCAAAUAGAGAUUUCUAAAUUAAUUAGGAAUGAGGUCAACGAUGCACAGGCUGAUCUCUCUCAAAUUGGCUUUGACAUGAAUGCUUUGCACCAGAUGGUUUCUGGUUUGGAUGGCAAGAUGAAUUCACUAGAACACAAGCAGGAGUUUGCAACUGCUGGGGUGAUGUACCUGUGUAGCGUUCUAAAUGGAAAAAGGAUACCCUUGCCAGAAACCCUUCAGGAUCAAUUUAAACUUACUGGAAAUUCAAUGCAAAAUCUCAUGGGUCUUAGAGCAAUCGUAGGGCCUCCCGAAUAUAAUUUAUUGACAGAUGGGACUGUUCAAGACUACUCUUCUGAUAAGCUCAACAAAACCAUAACAAGGACGUUUUCAUACAAGUGCUGAACUACCUUUAUAGAGUCGGGUUCUCAAUGCGAUGGCUUCAACAUUUUUCAGUAUACUACUUGAAACAGGUGCUAGCUGCUGCUGCUGCCGUUUUUAGUGUAUUCUCUAUGCAACAUAAUCUGCUCGAUUAUCAUUCUACAAGUAAAUAUUACUAUUUUGCAUAUUAUACUAGAAAUAAUGCUGUAGUUAUUAUGUGCACUUUGCCGAUAGAUUUGUUUAGUUUUUCGUUUGGAGUUUGUAUAAAUGGCAAGUAGAAGCUACAUAAAAUAAAUGACUCCUCUGAAGAAUGUUAUAUUCCACAUUUAUAUUCAAUGUAUUAGUAUCAAGUAUCAACCCUGUAAUUGAAUUAAUUAUCAGAGCUAGUUAUUUAUUUGUUUAA